AGUGUGGAGGGAUUCAUGGUAUUAAACGCUGAACUGUAAUUUACAAAUAGUAUUUUAACAUAAUUCCCCUUCCUAGUCUCCAGGUGGGUGAGUGUUGUGUGAAAAAGGUGUGAAAUGGCAUCAUCGACCGACCGGUUUGGAUGCAAACUGUAAUAGCUCAAGCAAGUCAAGUAGUUAGGAGAUAAUGAAUUCUUUGACCAGCCUUUUAAAGAAUUUCAUUAACUGAGUGUGAGGGCUACAGGGCAAUAGUUGUUGAGAGAACCAUGAAAGAGUUUCUUUGGGAACAGGAAUGAGGAUGGCCUUUUGUAAGAAUGACAGAACACUAUUAUGCAAAUUUAAUUUUAAAAAAUUGCUAUUCUUUAACAUGGGAAUAGGCAGGGUUAAAACUGUACUACAGCCAGCCCCUAGAGGGCCUCAGAGACAUUUAACUUCAUUUUUGAUUCCCUUUUAUGACAUCCAGUCAUAUAUACUGUACAGUCACUGGUUCAGACAAUGUAGCAGACAGUUAUGGCAUACAAAUUAAUCGACCGGCUCAGCAAGAUGUUGCCAGUGGUGUUGUUUAUAACAGGAAUAUACACAACAGUGGGAUUCACAAUGCAAGUGAGCAAUUUUACAGAUGAGGACCCACUGUUUGGUCAAACCACUUUGAAGUCAUGGAAAAGCAUUUUUUUUCCUUGCCCUUCCACUGGAGAUGUUUUCGAAAUCACAGAAAAAAGCUGUUUUACCUGUAUAAUGAAUGUCACUGGAUCAACAAAAGUCCUGAGGCCAAUCACAUCUGUUGCAUACAGCAGGAGCAAAGUUAAGGAGCAGCUCAUGGUUUGUAAUCAUGUUUGGACUUCGAAUUCAUCAACUGAGUUUUUAAACAGAAAAUGUACACAUGAGUCUGGACAUCAAGAAAAGAGUCAAAUCUAUCCUGAUAAAUUGGUGUUACAGGUAACAGAAAGAAAUGCCAACAACAACAACAACAAAUAUGCAGGUGGUCAAGCACUACUUCAUGAAGGGAGAGAGAUUGUUUUUGUGCUGGAUGGCUCUGAUGCCAUUGGAGAAGACGAUUUUGAAAGGGCCAAAGACUUUAUUUAUAAUUUGAUGAAUAAUAUUUGGAGAAAAUGUUUCAGGUGCAUCUUUGCAAUAGUGCAGUAUGGAAGAGAUAUAAGGACAGAACUCUCUCUGCAAGACAAUAAUGAUCAUCUCCAAGCUUUGGAUAAGGUGAAGAGCAUAAAACGCAUUCAAGGCCUCGCCAACAUUGCUUCAGCUCUCUAUCAUGUUCUCACAAACAUUUUUGUUCCUCAACAUGGAUCAAAAGAGAACACAGAGAAAUAUAUUAUUCUACUGUCCGAUGGACAAACGGCUGUAGAAACAAGAAAUUUCAUAGGGGAUGUAAACAUGCCGGAUAUGAGAGAGAUAGCUCAGAAUUCUCUUGGGGUUGAGCAAGAGAUGAUAAAAAUUGCUGGCAGUGAGAACAGGUUUUUCAAGGUUUCUAAUUAUUUCAACAUGAAAAACAUUCUCUCUUUUUUGGAAAAAAUCAUAAGUGUAACUGAAGAUGCAGGGACGGAGGUCGCUUUUGUCCUAGAUGGUUCUACUAGCAUUAGGCCUGAGGAUUUCGAAAUGGCCAAAAUAUUUAUUCAUGAUGUGAUGAAAAAUAUUUGGACAAAAUAUUUCAGCUACAAGUUUGCGAUAGUGCAGUAUGGAAAUAACGUAAGGACAGAACUCUCUCUGCAGGAAAGUAAUGAUCAUCUCAGAGCCUUGGCUAUAGUUAAGAAAAUAGAUCAAAUUCAAGCAACCACCAUGACUGCUUCAGCCCUCUACCAUGUUCUCACAGAUGUUUUUGUUCCUCAAAACGGAUCAAAAGAAAACAGCAGAAAAAUUAUUAUUCUGCUGUCUGAUGGAGUAUCGACAGAUGGACAUGAACUUCCUGGUGUUUUGGACAUGCUACAGAGGAAGGGAAUUGUUCGCUAUGCUAUAGGGCUCAAGACAAGCUUAGUAGAUGAGAUGACAUGGAUAGCUGGUAGUAAAGAAAGAUUUUUCAAGGUUGCUAAAUAUAAUGCCUUGAAAAACAUUCUUUGGACAUUGGAAAAGAGAAUAAUUGGAAUUCAAGAUGCAGGUAUAGAGAUUGCUUUUGUGCUGGACGGCUCUGGUACCACUGAGGCUAAAGAUUUUGAAAUGGCUAAAGACUUUAUUUUUAAUUUUAUGAAAAAUGUUCAGACAACAUGUUUCAGUUGCAGGUUUGCAGUAGUGCAAAAUGGGACCACAGAACUCUCUUUAAAACAAUAUACUGACAGUCCCAAAGCCCUAUAUAAGGUGAAGAAAAUAAAACAGAUUCGUCAAAUCAAGACUUUUCCAGCCCUCUACUAUGUUCUCACAGAUGUUUUUGUUCCUCAACAUGGAUCAACAGAAAAGGCCAAAAAAGUAAUUAUUGUACUGUCUGAUGGACAAAUGACAGGAGAUAAAAGAAAUCUCACAGAGGUUUUGAACAUGCUACAGGUGGAGGGGAUUGUUUGUUAUGCUAUUGGGGUUGGGCUUCAGAAAAAUGCACAGGCAAUACAAGAGAUGACAGAAAUAGCUGGCAGUAAAGACCACUUUUUCAACGUUUCUAAUUAUGCUGACUUGAAGAACAUUGUCUCUUCUUUGGAAAACAGCAUAAUUGGAAUUGAAGAUCCAGGGACAGAGAUCGUGUUUGUUCUGGAUGGAUCUAAAAGCAGGGAGGAAAAAGGGGAAGAUUUUGAAAAGGCUAAAGACUUUAUGAGUUAUGUGAUGAAUUAUAUUUGGACAACAUGUUUUAGGUGCAAGUUUGCAGCAGUGCAGUAUGGAAGCAACAUAAGGAUGGAACUCUCUCUGAAAGAAAAUAAUAACCUUCUCAGCGCCUUGGAAAAGGUGAAGAACAUAAAACAGAUUUAUGGGAUCACAAAAACUACCUCAGACCUCUACUAUGUACUCAGAGAUGUUUUUACUCCUCAAAGUGGAUCCAAAGAUAAUGCCAAAAAAGUGAUUAUUUUACUGUCUUAUGGGGAAAAAUCAUUACAUCCAGGAAACCUCACAGAUGUUCUGAACAUGCCACAGAUGAAGGGGAUGGUUCGCUAUUCUAUAGGGGUUGGGCCAGCAGUUUUGAAUAAACCAAAGGCAAUACUGGACAUGACAGAAAUAGCUGGCAGUGAAGAUAGAUUUUUUAAGAUUUCUAACUAUGAAUCUUUGAAAAACAUUCUUUCUUCUUUGGAAAAAAGCAUAAUUGGAAUUGAAGGGAAGAGUGUACAGCCAUUCUGCCUUGCCUAGGAUUCUCAAAGGACAGCAUGAGAGCAACAUCUUCAUGCCCCACGAGAUCCCAAGAAUAAUAUGUUAUACAUCUCUGAACAGUUUAAUUCUGAACAGCAUUCACUCACCUCAAGAUAAACUAGGCAUAAAUAUAAUAAACAAACAAACACAAACACACAUAUGU